GGCUCCCAAACAGGCACAUGGUUGGGUGCGUGUGAUUUGCUUUGGCGAUUAUUUUUCUUUUCCUUUUUUUUAGGGCAGUUUCCACCUUUUUCUUUUGGGCGUGUCCGCUGGUCGUGGGUUGGCUCCAAAAAAGGCAAAAACGAAGCGAUGCGCGGUGCGCGUGGGCGUGGCGGCACUUCCUUCGAUCCUCCGCCUCCGCCAUGGUCAUGGCGCACGCCAAGCCCACCGCGCACGAGACCUUGCCGCCGCCGCUGCGGCUCCUCGUCCUCCUCGCGCUCCUCGCCGCCUCCUACCUCGCCCUCACGCGCAUCCCCGCCGCCGCGCCUCUGUCCGCGCUCCUGAUCGGACGUCAACCUCUUCCUCCUCCUCUUUCUGCUCCUCCUGCGCCCCUCCUCAGCAGCAAAAGCAGCAGCUGCGCCGGGUUCUACGCCGGCGCGGGCCCGGCGCGCGCGGUGGCGGCGUCGGUGGAGGAGUUCGGCGCCGUCGGCGACGGGGUCACCUCCAACACGGCGGCGUUCCGGCGCGCGGUCGCUGACCUGGAGGAGAGGGCCAGAGGGGUCGGAGGAGGAGGAGGAGGAGCCAGGCUGGAGGUGCCGCCGGGGAGGUGGCUCACCGGCAGCUUCAACCUCACCAGCCGCUUCACCCUCUUCCUGCACCGCGGCGCGGUCAUCCUCGGCUCCCAGGAUCCAGAAGAGUGGCCUCUCAUUGCUCCUUUGCCAUCUUAUGGGCGUGGAAGGGAACGCUUAGGGCCACGGCACAUCAGCCUCAUUCAUGGAGAGGGCUUAAAUGAUGUUGUUGUUACUGGCAACAAUGGGACCAUAGAUGGCCAAGGAGGGAUGUGGUGGGAGCUGUGGUGGAAUCGAACUUUGAACCACACAAGGGGCCAUCUCGUCGAGCUUGUGAACUCAAGCAACAUCCUAAUCUCCAAUAUCACACUACGCAACUCCCCAUUCUGGACAGUGCAUCCAGUCUACUGCAGCAACGUGGUGAUGAAAGAUUUGACCAUACUGGCUCCACUGAAUGCUCCAAACACUGAUGGCAUUGAUCCAGAUUCGAGCUCAGAAGUUUGUAUUGAGGACUGCUAUAUUGAAAGCGGAGAUGAUCUGGUUGCUAUCAAAAGUGGCUGGGAUCAGUACGGGAUCUCUGUUGGCAAACCGAGUACAAACAUUGUCAUACAGAGGGUUUCAGGCACAACUCCAACAUGCUCAGGUGUUGGCUUUGGAAGCGAGAUGUCAGGAGGCAUAUCUAAUGUGCUUGUCCGCGAUCUGCAUGUGUGGAGUUCUGCUCAAGCCGUGAGGCUCAAGACCGACAUAGGGCGCGGUGGGUACAUAACCAACAUUACCAUAGUGAAUGUGACGAUGGAGAAGGUCAAGGUCCCGAUAAGAUUCAGUCGGGGUGCGGAUGACCAUUCAGAUGACAACUAUGACCGAACCGCGCUGCCAAGGAUCAGUAACGUGCUCAUCAGCGACAUUGUGGGUGUAGACCUGCAGCGUGCGCCGAUGCUGGAGGCAGUGGCCGGCGCAGUUUAUGAAGGGAUCUGCUUCCGAAAUGUUAGCUUAAGAGGCAUAAGGCGGCAGGAUAGAUGGCAUUGUGAGUCCGUGUAUGGAGAGGCACAUGGAGUUUUUCCUGCACCCUGUGAAGAGUUCAGGAGCAAUGGAUCUUCAUCAUGGUGUGGAUUUUCAUGAGCAACUGUGAGUUUUCUAGUGACUGAUACAGGCAGGAAUACUUGAAAAAUGGAGGGUGUUCAUACUGGUGUUCCAAGAAGGGAUAGGACAUAGGGUUUUGGGAUAGUAUAGUCAAAUUCAACAUUUUAACUUUAGUCUUCAAUUUUACAAGGGGGGUUACAGACAACAUGUUUGUGCAGUACUGCAAAGGGAAAUGAAGAAUUAAUACAGAAAAAAAGUUAUUUUCUGGUCCAUUUUCCUACA